AUGGAACAGGAUCCAAACUUUACGUACGACGGUUUUGACUCGACAGACGGGUAUGCUGAGUCGGCCGACUUGGACGAUAUGAGUGUGGGGAGCGAUCAAGUGCUUGAUGAAGAGGAUGAAGAUGUGUACGGUGAUAUGGAUGUUCUCUCAGAUGAUAUGGCACUGGAGCAGUCUGUGGUCGAUGUGCGGAAGAAGCCGUACGACGUCGAGUACCGGUGCCUGACGAUCGAUGACAUCGAAACCGCCCAACGCAAAGAAUCAGAGCACAUUGCUGGGAUGUUUAUGGUAUCUACCGCUGACGCUGCAGUGCUCUUGCGGCAUUUUCAAUGGAAUAAGGAAAAACUCAUUGAGCGAUAUAUGGAUGAGCCUGACGAGAUCAAGUGGGAGGCUGGCGUGCCGGACAGGGACUCUUGCCCGCGUAUGCUGGACUUGCCUGACUUUACCUGUGAUAUCUGCUUCAUGUCGGCUGAUGAUUAUGGUGGCCUGAUAUCAACACUAUCUAUGCCCUGCGGCCACCGUUACUGCAAAUCUUGUUAUACCCAUUAUGUUGAACAAAAGGUGCGGGAGGAAGGCGAGAGUCGACGAAUCCAAUGCAUGCACGAAAAGUGCAAACUCGUUAUUGACGAAGAUACCAUGUCCCAAUUGCUGUCACCUGAACUCAUGCAUCGGUAUCGCAUCUUAUUAGAUCGAACGUAUGUGGACGACAAUCCACAUGUUCGAUGGUGCCCGGCGCCUGAUUGCGACAUGGCCGUCGAGUGCGCUGUCACACGCAAGCAGCUAUAUACCAUCAUACCUACUGUUCGAUGCAACUGUGGCCACGCUUUCUGCUUUGGCUGUGGUUUGGAUGGACACCAGCCGGUCAUUUGUGCUGUUGUGCGCUUGUGGCUGAAAAAAUGUGCGGAUGACAGUGAGACGUCCAACUGGAUCGGCGCUAAUACCAAGGAAUGCCCCAAAUGCUGUUCGACGAUUGAAAAGAAUGGCGGAUGUAAUCAUAUGACGUGUCGCAAGUGCAAAUACGAAUUUUGUUGGAUUUGCUCGGGCCCAUGGUCGGAGCACGGAAACAACUAUUACAACUGCAAUCGGUACGAUGAAAAGGCAGGAGCUGAAGCUCGUGAUGCACAGACACGAAGUCGAUUGUCGCUAGAGCGCUACCUGCACUACUUCAAUCGUUAUCGGAACCAUGAACAGUCUGCUCGCCUGGAUUGGAAGCUGUACUUGAAAAUUGAGAAAAAGAUGGAGGAACUGCAACAGACAACAUCGCUGACGUGGAUCGAGGUGCAAUUCUUGAAAAAGGCCGCAGACACGCUAACUGAAUGUCGUUCGACGCUAAAAUGGACCUACUGCAUGAUUUACUAUCUGCAACGGAAUAAUAUGACCGAACUGUAUGAGGACAACCAGCGUGACUUGGAGCGUGCUGUUGAGGAGCUAUCCGGCCAGCUUGAAUCACCGAUUGAGCAGGAAACCAUACCAGCCAUGCGGCAGAAAGUGACAGAUCUCACCGCCUAUGUGCACAAACGGCGCGAAAUCCUCCUCACGGAUACGAUUGCAGGCUACCAGGAAGACCGUUGGCAGUGGAAUGUACCUAUAUAG